AUGGAUUACACAUCACCAACACAAACAGGUGAAGAUAAUUGCGGACACGGAAUACACGAAUGUCAAAUGGAAAUAGGCGUAGACGGUCCGAAAUACUGGAGACCGGCAACUGAGAAAGAGAAGACCCCAUACGAGGGACAGCAAUUCGAAGCAGUGGAUGCCGGGAUUGAUUUCUACAUAGCAUACGCUAAGGACGCGGGAUUUGACGUUAGACACGGGUCAAAGCGUAGAAAUCGAAUGGGAGAAGUAUCAAUUAAGUACAUGUUGUGCUCAAGAGAGGGGUACAAGGCCGAAAGAAAAGACACCAACAACGACUCAAAAGCACGAAAGAGACGAAGGAGAGUGUCCAACAGGAUAGGCUGUAGAGCACGUAUGGCAAACAUCGGGCCAACUAAAGCUUUCAGGUUAUUCAAAGAAAUGGUGGGAGGGUUUACGGAUAUAGGAGCAACAUGCAUCGACUUCUGCAAUUUUAGGCGUGACCUAUUAGCGUACAUAGCUGAGGCAGACGCACAAAUGGUGAUUGAAGACAUGUUCAAAAGAAAAGAAGAAAAUCCGGACUUCUAUUUCGAUUUCGAUAUAGACGAAGAAGCUCAGUUAUCUAGGUUAUUCUGGGCAGACGCAGAAUCACGAAGGAAUUAUGCUUGCUUCGGCGAUGUGAUGUCAUUUGAUGCUACAUACAGCACAAACAGGUACAAGUUAGUUUUCGUCCCAUUCACCGGAGUGGAUAAUCACAAAAGGUGCAUUACGUUUGGUGCGGGACUAAUUGCAAAAGAAGACGUAGAGUCGUACGAGUGGCUAGUACAGAAGUUUAAAACCGCGAUGGAAUACACCCCAAGAUGUACGAUAACUGACCAAGAUCCAGCGCUAAAGAUAGUAAUGCCACAAGCUAUGCCAACAGCUAGGCACAGAUUCUGUAUGUGGCACAUUAUGACAAAAGUAGGGGAGAAGGUAGGGGUUGCGUUGUGGCAUAACACCGACUUCAACAAGGCACUGAAUAGUACCGUAUGGGAUGACACCUUGACCAUUGAUGAAUUCAAGCGAAAAUGGGACACACUUAUAAAAGACUACCAACUUGAAGAACAUAGAUGGUUUGCCCAAUUGUAUGAAGCACGUGCGUCAUGGAUACCCGCCUACUUCAAUGACAUAGAAAUGGGAGGACUCCUCAGGACAACUUCAUGA